GCGCACCCGCUCAGUGGGCGGAGCCGAGAAACGGAAGGUGUAACAUUUUCCACAGCGGCUGCCGUGGGGGCAGAGCGAUGGUUCUAUCCAAGCGAGUGUCGCUGUGGUCGGUGGAAGAAGUGUUGGAGUGGGUGCAGGACCAGCACCCCAACCACUUGGACACGCUCCAUAAAGCCAUAAUAAAGCACGCCAUAUCAGGCCGAGCAUUGUUGAGAUUAAAGGAUCAUCACCUGGAGCUGCUCGGGUUGGAGGGCGAGGAGCAGCAGCAGGAAAUCUGGCAGGACCUCCUCCUCCUCAGAGUUCAAGAGGAAAUCAAUGAACUCGAUGACAUCUGCUCUGAGUGUUUUUCUUCAUAGCUGGAGAUGAAAUGCGGCUUCCUUUUUCAUUUCCCAUCCAUUGAUUGGUCCAUGUGAAGGAGGGAGAAAAGAGGGAGUGAUGGAAACAUAAGUGAAAGAGAAGAAGAAUCAAUGGCGAGAAAAAGAAACCCAUUUCCUUUGUGAAAUCUGACCUGUGCAGAUGGAUGAGAUUCGUCUUUGUCCGAGUCCUGCUGUCCAUUAGUCUCCGUCCUGCGCCUGCACCCUGUCACUGCGUCAUGAAAUACUUUCACCUACGUCACUGCAGUCAGUCGAGUAUCCAAACGGCAACACUAAUAAUCGUAACGUAACUUUGAACAGACAAUCGUGAUCCUCGAACCAGGGGGCUUUUCCCUCUAGCGCCACCAUCAGUUUAACACUGGUGGGUUUCAGUGAAAUGUCUUAACAAACCGUUGACUGCCACGACAUCCGAUGCAGAUGUUCAUAUCCUCCUUCAGGGUGUCUCGUAAGCUGUUGAUUUUUACAUUGGCGCCACAAUUUAGUCCGAAGUGUCGUUUGUAUUGACCAAAUACCUGCAACACUCGUGACAGGCUGCACAUCAGUGGUGUGGAGCACUAAAAGGCCCAUCUCACAGCAGCCGAUUUGACAUGGAAUUGCAGGGUAAACAUAUGUGUAAUUAAUAACACUAAUUGUGGCCCUGUUCCAUCUAGGUGAGGACACUGGAAUUAUGUAUGCUGGCAAAUUGGAUGACUGUGACACACUAAAUAACACGGGACCAUCAUUUAUUUAAUCAAUUAGAGCUGCGUUCACCCUGCUUUGACAAGACAAACUGGCUGACGUGAAAACGGAAUAUUACCCUAUAAUAGCAGGAAAACACUCCGUACAAGAUAGUGAACAUGGUAAACAUAAUACUCCCUAAACGUCAGCGUGUUAACAUUCAUUUUGAGCGUGUUUUCAUGAUAAUGGUAUCCUUUAGCUCAAGGCAACUCUCAGCCUAAGCAUCGUCUCUGAGAGUUGCUAGCAUGGCUGUCGACUCCCAACCACAUGAUUUAUUAUAGGAAAAAUAUAUUCUUUGGUGGAACACAUCAGUUCCGCUGUAUAAUUUGAGGAAAAACCUUUUAUCAAUAUGUAUGACAGCAAUAAUACAUUGAUAAUUCUCCUAUCAGUUAAAUUAGUUUUGUGUGAGCCAAAUAAUUAUGACUUUAACCAAUUCAACUAAGUCAAACCUAAUGAAUGGACGUGUGACACUAAUAAUGUGAUUACGAGCUUGUCAAUAGGAAAACAGGGAAAUUACAGGUAGAUAAAAAAAGAAUAGAUGUUUCCAUUUAAGCAUUUCAAUGUGUUGAAUACAAAUGUCCAAUUACGUUUUUUCUUGG